CCUUUUCAGAAGCAAGUGUAGCCCAGCCCCUUUCUUUACUUAUAAAUACACCCUCAUUUCCUCUGCUUUUCUCUCAUGUUCUCUCCAUUCCAUUUUACAAACAUACACUUCAUUCCUCUGUUUUCCCCUGUUUUACUCUGUUUUCUACAAUUUCUCAUUCAAUUGCAAUUCACAAUAUGUCAUCGGUUGUGUGCCAAGGUUUUCCAUCAGGUCUCGAGCCAAGGCUCGUCGAGCCUUGUGCUUCGAGGCACAGAAUGUCACCACCGAUAAUGAUGCCAACUCAAAACAGUCCUGACAACGAGAACGAGGACAACGACAAUGAUUAUGAUGACAGUGAACCCGAAAGUGUCAAAAAUAGUAAGAAGGGUGGCUGGAACUUUAUUCAAGCUCUCACCGACCCUUCUUACAAUGCUACUAAAGAAGGGACUGAACAAAAUGAACAAGUGUAUGUCCAUCCUCUUGUGAAGCUCUCUGCUUCAGCACUAAGCUCAAAGAGCUUGGAAAUGUGCACUGAAAGCCUGGGCUGCGAAACAGGCAGCGAUAUCAGCAGCGAUGAAAUCUCUUCUUUUUCUUGGGAAAGAGAGAAAAUGCAGCUACCAAGUGAUGAUUUCUCUUCACUUGAUACCGAAAAAUCACAGAAACUACACGAGAACUCCUCCUCGCCUUCUGUUAAUAAUCGAUCUAGCUAUCGAAAAUUCACCAAGUUGAGCAGUCCCAAGGGUGGCUUCCCCCCUCCCCUCACUUCAAUAAGCGGCUCAGAGGGCGUUGAAGUAAGACAUCACCGCGAAGGGGGGCGCUUGAUCAUAAACGCAGUGGCGGUCUCCUCUUGUCGUACUUUCUUUGAAGCUGACCGCACAAAUGGCAGGCUUAGAUUGUCUCUGCGCAGGGAAUGUUCAGCUAACUGCGAUUGCAUGACAAGUGAAAAGGACGAGGAAGUAUUUGAGGAAGUACACGAAACAAAAGGCGAUGAACAAGUACUUGAACUCGAUACCUUUGGUGAAUUAGCUGAAGAUGAGGUUGAUCAAGUUGGUGAAGAUUGCUGGGAUGAGGACACGGAUGAAAUCGAAAGAAAAAUCGAUUGCCUCGGAGAGUUUCCGAGGCCGAGUAGGUGCAAAGAAGGGGGAAGAGGAGGCAAAGGGAUGUCGAAUUGGGGACCCUUUUGGGUCGCCAUUUCUUGAAAUUUUUCUUCAAUUCAGAUGUUCCGAUUUGUAUAUUGUAGUCCGAAUUCAGAUGUUCCCUGAAGGCUCAGAACAGCAAACAAUUGGCGGCUCUCAUUUCAGAACUUAUAAAAGGCUCACUAUUGUACUAAAAUAAGAUUAGCUUUAGUAGGUUUCAACUGCAUGCUUUUGUAUCACUGGAGUUCCAGAAUUGGUAGUUAUUAUGGUUGCUCAUUAACCUUAUUAUUUCUUAAGACUGUUUAUUUUACUCUUUACUCUCC